AUGUGGAAAGAAAUUCUGGAUAUUGAAACUAAUGGGCGAUAUGACUCAGGAAAGUUGGCACGCAUAAUGAUGGCACAUCGCGAUGUGAAACGUGAUACUUUAGCUGACUUUUGGGAGAAAAGAUUAAAAGAUCAAGAACUUCGAGAUGAACCGUACCAAACUUCGAGCAAGUAUCAAGCAGGACAAUGCUGCACGUGUUCACGUGGACCACCUGGUUUACCAGGAGCUCCUGGACGUGAUGGUAUAGCAGGAAAUGAUGGUGCUGUUGGUCAAAUUGGACCACCUGGCCCACCAGCUCCUUAUGGAUCUGAAAUUCAAAGUUUAUUUGCUCCACAGUGCCCUUGUGAAUCACCACCUGGUGAACCUGGACCAAAGGGACAACCAGGACCUGAUGGUCCACCAGGCCUGCCUGGUCAAACUGGUGAAGAUGGAAAACCUGGUGAUCAAGGACCAAGAGGACCACCUGGGCAACCAGGUCAACCUGGGCAACCUGGAAGAAGUGGACCACCUGGAGAACCAGGAAUAUAUAGAACUGAAGUCGGACCACCAGGGCGACCAGGCGCUCCAGGUCAUCCUGGGCCUCCGGGUGCUGUGGGACCUCCAGGAGCAAAUGGCAACGAUGGACCAAUUGGUCAACAAGGUUCUCCAGGUUUGCCUGGACCACCUGGACAACCUGGUCAAAGUGGACGACCAGGACCAGUGGGACCACCAGGAGAAGCUGGUGCACCUGGAAGUUGUGACCACUGUCCACCAGCUCGUCUUGCUCCUGGUUACUAA